GUAUACUUGUAGUUCUCAUUAGUGUAUAAGAUGGUUUUAUAGUGUAGUUCUUGAAAUAAUUUUCUCCCUCUCAUUUCACUAGCUUUCACAAUGAUGAAGAGAAUAUCUCUAGUGUCCCUACUUCGUCAUGUUGCAUCUCUCGGAGUGGCCGUCUUCAUCGCUGUUGGGUUCUAUGGCGUAUAUGAAUAUCUCGCCGAAACCUUCUUACGAAGAGUCGACUAUCACAAGGAAAAUACCACCAUGCAGUUUCCAUAUCCGAUUCAUGGAGAACGGAUAGUGACUCAGUACAUGGAAGUGGGUGAGAUAUUGCCGAAUUGCGGCCUUCAGUAUGUCUGCCCGCACAAUCAUUUUCCUGUCCACGUAUUCAGCGGGAAGAGUAACAACGAUAUGCCAAAGAUCUGCGUCUCUGGUAAAUACAUCAUCCAAAAAGAUAUAAACAACGGAGGUCGCGGCAUGAACUUGGUUAUUGUUGACUCUCACCAGAUGAAGGCAGUCCAUGCCCGUCGCUUUGACACCUACGCCAUGGAUUCGAGCGAGAUGGAGUUGUUCCUUCUCCGGGAAGUCCGCAACGGGGACAUACUCAUAGCCAUGACGUUCGACGAGGCCUCCCGUAAUCUGGGAAACAUGGCGAAGGGUCUGUUGGCUGAUUUAGGUAGCAGCCAGAUUCAGAACCUUCAAUUUCGAGGCCAGUGGUACAUGAUCUCACAAAAAGGAAUGGAAGGCUUUUCACCGUACGAAUUGCUGAAAGCAUCCAAGGGUGGGCUCUGGUCACCUAUAGAUGAACGUUUUUGUGUUCCUUGUAGCUUGAAAGGACAGACCAUCAUGCCAGAUCCCGAGGUCAUGCAGAAUAGCGCCCGCGUGAAGUUCUGUGAACGUCAUUCGUACAUAUCCGAUUUCUGCUCAGUCAGCCAACAAAACAUCCCCCUGAAACCGGCGAUAUUAACCAACCGUCAGCUGGUUGGGAGUGAAAUCUUCACGACGCCAAUCAUGGUAAUGGCCGGCCGAUCACUGUCGUCGCUGACGCUCACUCUCGAGACCAUCAUGGGUCAGCCGGGCAUUCUCCCCCAGUAUGUGGUGGUCGUACACAACCCGGAGCACAUAAAGGAUGUCCCGGAACUUUGCAAGCUGUUUGGUUUUAACUCGAAGGCCACCGGAGCCAAGGAAUAUUACAGACUGAUGGAAAUCCUUUUUGAAACUGCCAUCGCGUUGUACCCUGGAUCUUCCUACAUCACUGUGAUAGAAGAGGGGUUGCUUCUGGCUCCGGAUUUCUUCACAUACAUCGCAUCUGUCCUCCCAGUCUUGCACGAUCCCACCGUUCUCGGGAUAUCGGCCUGGAAUGCGAACGGCUAUGUGAAUGUUUCUUCCCGUCCUGACCUUGUCUACCGAGUAGAAGAUUUCCCAGGUCAGGGAUUCACCAUUCGGGUGUCGACUUACUUGAAAGAAUUGAAACCCAACAUGAAGCAGUGUUGUAAUAAGCGUGGCUGGGAAGGAUGGCUGGAACUUGGACGAUGGGAGAGAGAACUGGUCGUCCCAGACAUGUCUCGUGCACUCCGCCGUCCAGUGGGACAGGAUUUGGAGCCGGUCACUCCGCUGAUCCACGCUCUGUUCCAUCGGCUAAGGGCCACGAACUUAGAUCUGACAGCCAACGUAAAGAAUGCUGACACCCUAACAGCCGAGAGAUAUGAGAAUUACCUCUUCAACCUCCUGAACUCGAGUCGGGCUCGCAUGCUGAAAGUGUCGAAGGAAUCGGUACUCAAGUGCGUGGAGGCCGAUGUGAAUUCUAUCUUACAGAUUCCAUUUGAAGAUGAGGUUUCAGUAUUUGUCGUGGCUUAUAAGGAGCUAGACAUCUCAGGGUUCGGGGGAAUGAAACUCCUUUGCAAGUGCUUCGGUCUUUUCUAUGAAGAGCAAUCGUCACCUAGGGGAGUUCACCGUGGAAUUUUGAGGUUCAGCAUGAACGGCAAAGAAAUCUUAUUCUUGAGCAACAGAAGCCGGCACUUCAUGAUCCCGCCUUUCAAUGGAACGCAGCUGGCAUUACCAUGAGGGAUUCCUUCUGGACCCUGUAUAAAAAGUUUUGCAGUAUUAUUACAUAAUAAAUAUUUACAUAUAAUUUGAUGUUGUGUGACAAAUGUAAUUUUCCAAGGAAAGGUUGUGUAGGGUGUUCUGUUGUUGAGAGCUUUGUCCUCUCUUUCCUGGGGAUUGGCCAGUCUAGUCUUUCGUCUUCAUUUCGGUCUUAUGCCUCGAUGCUUGGUUUCAGACUGACUGAUGAUUUAUGUAUGCAUUAUAUAGAAACUAAUAUUUCAUGAGGAAAUCUCAGAUUAAUUAGCAGUUCGUCCUUUUUUCAGUUGUGCUUUGGAUGGCACUGUUAUUUGAACAGAAAAUGUUGGUGCAACAAACGUUAAGUUGUAAAGCACUUGUAUACGCACAUAAUCUUCCAUCUUUGAAGUGUUUUAGUCUUCCAGUAAGUGGACGGAUUCAGGUGGCAGCGCAACUCUUGUUCUGGAAGUACGUUAUCUGAGCGGACUUUCAAUGCUGUGGAUUUUAUGCUGUUUUGGAAUUGCAGGUUCUUUGCCUGUUUAGACUGGUCUAGAGAGUUUCCAAGAACAGCUUUGAAAUGCUGUGUCAGUUCACUAUCAACUGUUCCCACGUUGUUUCUGUCUUGUGUGUAUUUGCAGGAUCAUAUGACCCACCACUUAUUACUGUUGGUUUUAGAAGGCGAGUGCUCGUAUAGGCCUCAACUUAAAACAUGAUCCCAAGUGUAGAUCCACAUGUUUUAUGACAGUUUUGACAUCUUAAAUGUCUUGUUAUAAUAUUUUCCAGUAGUUUUGACAUCUUAAAUGUCUUUUUAUAUUUUCCAGUAGUUUUGACAUCUUAAAUGUCUUUUUAUAAUAUUUCCCAGUAGUUUUGACAUCUUAAAUGUCUUUUUAUAAUAUUUUCCAGUAGUUCUGACAUCUUAAAUGUCUUUUUAUAUAUUAUAAAAAGACAUUUAAGAUUUCCAGAGUUUUCCCAUAAACUAUUUUGGGCUUAAAAUAAAUUUUUUCGCGUACUUGAUCGAAAAUUGAGGUUCAUCCAUUAAACAGGCUUCUUAUCCGUGGUUUUUCAGGUCUAGAGAUAGAUUUGUAAGACUUCAGGGGUACAGUUCUCUUGUAUUUUGGUAGAUAUAUAUUUUGCAGAUUGGAUCAUUUCUAGUGCCAUUUUUAUUUUACUCUUUGUGGAUAUUACUUUAUACUCUUGUGGAUUUGAUUGUCAACUGCAUUAAAAUUGGCCAUUACAUUACAAGCAGUCCCCGGAUUACGACGGGGGUUCCGUUCUUGAGACAUGUAACCCGAAAAUCGUUGUAAGCCUGAACAUUGUGAAAAAUCCCAAGAAAACCUUACUUUUAAUGCUUUGGGUUCAUUGAAAACUAUGUAAACUGCAUUCUUAUUGAUUAUUU